CAAAACCAGAGAGAGGCCCCCAAAGAAGAGAGAAAGCAGGGCCAUGUUCAUCUCAAGGCAGAGGUGGGCCCGGCGUAUCCCCAUCGCUUCCUCCGCCCUGAUGCUACUUCUCAGCGUCUCCUGGGUGACCGGCAUGGGAGAACACCUGGCCUUAUCCCUCAGCCUGCUAAGCAGCCCGUUGCAAGCCUUCCGCCUGGUGACCUAUUGCCUGGGCCAUGCCAACGGCCCCCUCCUGGCCGCCAGCUUGCUCUUCUUCCCCCUGCUGAGCUGGCACCUCGAGCUGCAGGAAGGGGCUCUUGGUUACCUCCGGACCACCGCGCUCUCUGCCGCCCUCUCAGCCUUGGUCUACCUGUUCCUGGCCGGACUCCGGGGAGUCGAAGCCCAGGCCUCCGUCAGCGGCUACCUCCCUGUCCACCUGGCUCAGCUGGGCUGCCACGGAAGGCGCUCGGGGUGGCUGUCCGCUGCUCUCUUGGGGGGAUUGCUCUUUGGCCUCGGGGAGAUCCUGUCCCCGCGUUCUCCCUUCCUCCUGAACGUCUCUGGAUUGCUCACAGGACUGCUAGCCUACUGUGCUGGGACAUUGUCCAAGAGACGCCUGGCAAGCCUGCAAAAGAAAAUCCCAGCCUGGAACCGCCUCGGAAGGGCUUUCUCUCACUUGGUCAGGCCCUUCUCCUCCGGCACACCCUCCACUCCAGACAAAAAGGAAAGAAUCCCUGUGCAGGAGGCGUUUCCAUCCAACCUGGCGGAGGCGGUUGCCAUCCAGAUCCCGCCCCCUCCUCCCUCUUGGACCGACCGAAGGGCAGGCCGGAAGUCCCAGCUGCCUUUUCCAACAACGUCCCAGCACCCCUUCCCGGAUUCCCGCGAGGCUUCGGGCACACCUUCCUUCUCUCUCCCAAAUUUCCCAACGGAGGAAGAGCUAAUACAAGCAGCCAUCCAGGCUUCUCUGCAAGACAGGAACGAAGAAGAAGUGAAGCUGCUCAAAUCUUCUGUCUCUUCUCUCCGGCUCCAGCAACUGCGGAAGAUGGGCUUCCCGACGGAAGAAGCCACGAUCGCUUUGGCAGCCACCGGCCACGUGGAAGGAGCCGUCUCUCUGCUGAUCGGAGGCCAUGUUGGGGACCAAGCCGUGGUGAUGGCCGAAACCCGCUCAGCACCCCCUCCCACACGGCCUCAGUCAAUCCCCAACCCAUGAGAUCAACCCCUCUUGGCAUUUGAGCCGAAUUUCGGCCAUCCCGGGAAGAAAUGGCCACGAAUGCCACACAAGGACAGAGGGGAUGCAUUGUAGAAUUAAACCUGGUUUGGCAAGAGCACGGAAAGGCCGCAGGUCAGCUUCAG